UGGCCACGGGCGCAGUGGUAGACAGGGUGGGUUGCAGGACCCUCUAGUGUGAGGGUCCUGCAAUCAGGCUGAAGGCCCCCAUUCAACUCCUCUCCUCUCCCAUCCCCCUCCCCUCUUUCCCUCCUGCUCGCUCACUCUGUCCUCCAUGUCUCUGCUGCAGUGGCUCUCCCUCCGCGCUCAUUCCUCCCUGUGCCGGCUAGGGAGACACAUACCGCCCGCUGCCUGCUGCCUGUCUGCCUGAGCUCCAGGCUCUGCUGUCCUCUCCGCUCCCUCCCCCCACAUGCAGCUCUCCGUAAGGGGCAACGCUGACAUCCCCCGACUGCCUCCACAGCUCCAUUGCUAUGCGGUGCAGAUGCUCGCUCUCUCUGAGUGAGUUUUUUUCCUCUCCUCUGCUUGCUCUAGCUCUCAGAAUGAAGGAUUCAGCAGAUAAUCAGUGUGUCGGCGAGUGAGAGAGCGACUGAAGCAAAGAGAGAGAGAAAGCCUGGAUCAGGUGCAGGAGCCUUCCCUUCGUCUGUCUCUUUCUGUUACUCUCUCUUUCAGUCUGUCUUCAGCCUAGCACAUACAGAAGGGUAGACAGAACUCAUAAUCCAGGAAUAAGCCAUCAAUUCACUCUCCUUCUCUGGGACUCACUGCAAAGGAGGGAGAAGAGGAGGGAGACACUCACAGCAGGACUUUGCAGACUGACAAGUCUUGCUUUUUAUUUCUUUGCUCGCUCUGCGUCCCACCUGACCCUACCCCUCCCCUGCUUGCUCCAGCCAACACACACACACCCAGAGUGUGUAUCCAGGGGAGGACAGACAGACAUACAGAUAAACAGACGGACGGACAGAUUGCCAGACGGACGCAGUAGGAUAUGGAGUCCAAAGGAAGCGGCAGGUUCACUAUGUCCAGGUGUUUGCGCUCAGGAGACACCGUCCAUACCAGUGUUGUCGUCACACUUCUGCUCGGGGUAUGGUGUGCUUCAGCGCUGGAGGUGUCAGUGGGGAAGGUGCCCUUCAUGGAAGCGAUGAACGGCAGCACGGUGCUGUUACCCUGCAUCUACUCCAGCUGCAUCGGCAUCAAGAACCUCUACUUCAACUGGCACUACAACGACAACGGCACCAUGGCGAAGCUGUGUGAGGCAGUGAUCCCUAUAGAAGGUGUGGAACCACGGGUGCAGGUGUACCAGGAGCGGAUAGAGUUUGUGGGCAGCAGUAAGCACAACAACAUCUCCAUCCUGCUUUUCAACGUGACCUUCGAGGACGAGGGAGAGUACACCUGUUUCGCCCGGAACCCCAAGGAGAAGAACCGCAAUCAUAGCGCCAUCUUCACCCUGUUCGUGGUGGAUGAGUUGAAAGUGGUUGACAAUACCGUAACCACCAUCAUCGUGUCUGUCGUUGGCGGAGUCAUCGGCUUGAUCAUUGUUGUCAUGGUGACAAAGACUGUGGUGCUCCUCAUCCUAAAAAAGUCUGCGGAGAAGAACGCUGGGAUUCGAACCGACAGCUCUUCGGCUACUGCCUCCCCCCUUUGAAACUGUCAUGGAACAUUGUAAAGAGUGCCUUGUGAGCUCAGGACAGGACAACACAGAAAAUGGACUCAACGCAGCCAAAGCGGACAACAAAGCCACACCAAAGGCAUGAAACAUGUGCACCUAUGUAUAUGUACAUAUAUGUCUGUACAUGUAUAUAUGUACACAUGCAAAUAUAUUGAACAGGCAUAGAAAGAAAGCUAUUAUCAAUGAACUGUUUUAUCUUUAUCUAAUGACAAAAGUAUAACAUAAACCAAUGUGAAAUAGUAUGUCAAAUGUAUAUUUUAAAUUGUGCUAGAGAUUUUGGGGAACAUGAUAACUGAUCAGGGCUGGAUCAGACACUCCAAUGACACACCCUAAAGAUUGUGUAUCCAAUUUGGAGUUUACUGAGGUAUUUAUCUGAAUCGGCGCAAAGCCUACUUUCCGAACAUUUCUGAGGAGGAUGGACUCAUUGUAAUGCCUGGAAUGGAAUCAAUGGAAUGGAGUCAAACGUGGUUUCCAUAUGUUUAAUGUGUUUGACACCUUUCCAUCAUUCCAUUCCAGUCAUUACAAUGAGCCUGUCCUCCUAUAGCUCCUCCCACCAGCCUCCUCUGGUUUAUAAUCAGAUGUUGACUUUGUGGCUAAACCAGCUAGUGACCACCCUGCAGAGCUGCCUCCAGGACAAGAUUCAUCCCAAUAAACACACACACAGUAACUCACACACUGCCAAGUUCUACUAACUGCCAUAUUGUAUACUCUACAACAGCAAAAUAUAUUCUGACCAUCUCUACAGCUCUUUUUAUUAAGAGACAUAUUUAAGGUAGCCUACUGCCCGAUGGAGAUCCUUUGUACUCUCUGCACACCUUUUACAGGGAGCAAACAGCUUAACUAUAGUGAACCUUUACAGUCCAUUUUUUGACAGAAAGGUAAUGCCUUUAAAGCUGAUCCGGAACAAAUUCCAUACAGUAUCAAUUGUGCCUAUUCAAUAGGAUAUACAGUAACUCAAAUAUGUUUACCACUAUGAUCAAUGACUGCUACAGUUACUAAGGUCUAGACUCUUCAUUAGAUCUGCAUACAGAGUACAAAUACAGUUCUUUGGAAGGCAAAGCAGUGGGCUGGUUAUGUGGACAAUGUCACUGCGGAGGAAAGGAAUGUGAUAAAGGAUAAGAGGAAGAAGGGUGUCAUUGGAGUGUAUAUUAGAUCCAGGCCGGAACUGGUUUGAUACAUUUUUGCAUUAGAUGAAACACAGGUGCCUGUUCUCACUUCCUGCUCCCUUCGCUUUUAGGGAGCCUUAAAACCGCCAUGAAAAACACACAAAAAAAAUAUAUAAAAAAACACAGAAAAUAUAAAAAUAUCAAGACCUAAAGUAAAGACAAUUCCCAGUAUCCCAUUUCCCUGUAGAAAUGAAUGAACAUUUAUGAUGCUGCUUCUAACAAAUAACUAAUGCAUUUUCUUAGCAUGUGAAUGUUGUUUAUAUACGCGACACGUCCAUACCACAGGAAAGACUGCUGUCUAGUGUUCUGUCAUCACCUGGCCUGUAUGCAUAGUGGAUCUGUAGGCUACUUGCAGUUUAUUCACAUCCACUUCAUUUGAUGCAAACCCCCAUAGCCCUAAAAUGUUAAUGUGGUGAUUAGCCUAUAACAGGAUAAUGCCCUCCAUCUUCAAUACUGCAAAACAUUGCACCAUUGACUCUGACGCCAACUGCCAAGCUGGCUCAUCAUCGCUACCCCUUGACCUUGUGUAGCCUACAGUGUCCCGUAUUCAAAUCAACUGCCAUAUGAACCAAAAGGCCCACUACUAAUAUGCAUGAGUUUGAGCUGCAGAAUGCUAAAGGUCCAUUGUCCGUAAUCAAAGCGUUCCUUUAUGACUCCGUCCCCCUCAAGAAUGAAUGUUAUAUUGCCUCGAUGGGAAACAUGCAAUUCUCAAAGCGAGCAUCUCAAACCAGGCCAAGGCAUAACUUAUCUGUUUAAAUUUAUUUAUCUCAUUUUCAACCUGUUUCGAAAGCAAAUGUGUUACUUGUACAUCCAUAUUUGUUCAAAUUCGGAGGUGCCAUUUGAAGUGACGACCACACCUUUAUACGUCUAGGUGUGUGUAAAGUAUCAUUGUAGUUGCAGAGCUAGGACUAUACAUGAAUGUCCACUUCGUAGGGCUCACUCAUCUGAGAUGGGAAUGUAAUAGGCCCCUCCAUCUCUGUCUCCUCGUCCUGAGACAGUAAAAUGUGCAGGGGGUUUAGGGACAGGGUGGUGCUGUAGACUUAGGAGGGGUGUUAAUAGGAACCGUACUCGUGUAGAGUAUCCUUAUGAAUAUCUAGAAUGUGGUUGAUAUGAGGAAUGGAGAGCGACGUGUUAGACUUUGCAGGGAAGGUGAUGCCCGGUUGAUUAUAACCGUAUUGUGUGUGGCGAUAGAUAGAAAACGAGUUAGAUCGGGACAACUAGUCUGUCUAGGGAUAAUCCAUUCUAGACCUCCCUCCUUCUAUUCCCUCACCAUGUUGAGGUUAGCAUCUUUGGAAAGGUCUUCCUUAUCACUUGACCUGCAGUACCUUUUAUUUUUAAUUACCAGGGGCCCUGGUGACAUGGAGAGCCAGGGUGUGCUUUCAGACAGAGCACUGCCAUACCCACAUCCCAUAGUUGUGAUUUUAAUCCUAUAGGGUCAUUUGAUGGAUGUAGUAGUGGCACUGGACUUAACUUUUGCCAUGUAAUGUCUUAGCUUUAGAGAACACAAGGUAACAUACAUGAUAUUGCAACAUCAUUCCAGCAGGUUCUUGCAGAAUCACAGAGGUUGAGAUGGCAAUAGAUCAACCUUGUUCACCAUUUACCAUCACUGUAGUUUCUGUAUUCUAUUCAUACAUACCUAUGUUUAAUGGAAGCAAUAAGAUUGACAACUUUCAUGUGCUGUUGUGGUAGUAAAACAGAUGAUGCAAUAACCAACUCGUGAAACUAGAUAUUGGGUAUGGCGGUGUGCUAUCUGCCACACACACACACACACACACACACACACACACACACACACACACACACAAAAAAAAAAAAAAUUGGUUCCAUGUAGUCAGUGAACCAUUACUCCUUUGACAUUGGAGAAAAGCACACAAAGCCUGCCUCUGGGAGAAAAGCAAUACUAUUCAGUUGAUCCUUGUCUGUCAGUGUCUUUGUAUAAUCAAGCCCUCUGUUGAUGUAUUCAGAAGAAUCAUGUCGAUGAAGAAAAUGAUUCAUAAGGCUAGUUAUUGUAUCCGUAUCUUGUUGUUUGCAGAUUCGUUGUCCCUUCUGUAACUUUAAUCAGAUCUGACAAUGUACAGAAAUACCAUCAGUAUUUCUUGUGUGUUACUAAGUACAGAGUUGUCCUUCACUGUUCACUGCUUCAGUAUCUCUAGGAGAACACUGUCUGUUCAAGCCCCUCAGUAUGAGCAGUUCCACAAGCUCUGAGCUCAACUAGCCAUGUCUGAACUGAGAUCAACAAGCUCUGAGCUCGACUAGCCAUGUCUGAGCUGAGAUCCACAAGCUCUGAGCUCAACUGGCCAUGUCUGAGCUGAGAUCCACAAGCUCUGAGCCUGAUUGUGCAUGUCUGAGCUGCAGGGGUGCAGCAGUGAGCAUGCCCAGUGUAGUGAUCCUCUAGAGGCAGUCGCAUAGCCGCAGUGAUGCAUUGUGGACCGCAUGUUAUGAUAGACUAAAAGCUGAAUUCAGCUCAAGCCUGCAUCACCGUGGCAGAUCCACACAACUCACCCUGUGAACCAACGUCUCAGGCAACAUAGACUAACAGCAUGGCUGGUAGUAUUACGAGUAUUAUUUACAGCACAGUAUUAUUAAGCACCAUUUGAUACAAUCUUAUCACACUUGCACAACCAUGAAAUGAAACAAAUGUCAUGUGUCUGUCGGUAUUGAUACCUUGUGCACGUUAUGACAGUACACAGAAAUACAGGAAGACUUCAAUGAUGUUUCACUGUUUUACUACUACAGCAAAAACCUGGAAAAUGAUAGAGCUAUAUCUCACGUUCAAUGUUAUCAAAAUACUUAUCUACCAUGGGAAAUCCAAUCAACGCUAAUCCAUGCCAUGAAUUCUCUGCAGCUCAAAUAAGAAUACUCCAAUUUGCUAAUAAUGCAUUGUAGAUUACAUUGCCACAAGGUGUACGUAUUCAAUAUAAAGAGAUACAAUGAAAGUCAGGACAGAAAUAUAAACAUAUCCAGUCCUAACAUUGUCUGCUUCUUAUAUAAUAGAUGUAAUAAUCAUCUGAUUUGAUACUAAUAUGGGUUUCCUACGGCCCACUGCCAGAGCGACUCCUACUCACACUGCCAAGCCAAGAGUUUGUGAAGUCUGCUCUCUGCUUCCCACAUUCCAGUGCAGAGAACACCCCCUGCUCCAACCUGCAGUAUACUGUACAGUACAGUACAGGUCCUCUGGCCAAACUGCAUUUUAAAACUCCUUUUCUAAGUUUUAGCCCACCAAGGCCAAGCAAACAAAUAAGCAAAAAAAAGUUGUAUCUAUUUUAAUCCUUAUUACAAUGGGUGUGCAUUUGUAGCCAACUGAAGCUACCCACAGCACAGUUUACUCUAUAGUCAAAUAGAUAGGAAUUUCCUCUGAGCUCAUAGGUAGCCAGGUUACUGCCUGUUAGGAUCACAACACACACAGGUUUACACAGUUUUCACCCAUGAUCCUCUACUCCAUGGAGCUGUCCAUGGUUCUGAGGAGGGGCUGUUUUCACUCCCUCACUGGCCUCACCCACAGGGUUACUGUCUGUGGGUAGCAGUCCCUAGACAGCCUUGAAUGGCUCAAGUGGCAGUAUCAUCCUAACUGAUGUCUCAGUACAGUGCAUUUGCUAUUUGUUACUGGGGUUAGAGUGCUGUACUUCCAUAAUGGCUUGCUAAAUUGUAACGACCACUGUCAAGCCCAAGCUGAGCAUGAGGGCUAAUGUGGCUCGUGCAGAGGAAAACAGCUCGCCCUCUCACCCACCAAAACACACACCCGCUUACUGUGAGGCAGUCACUGACUGACCCGACUCAACCCCCUCAGUCUCUAACGUGAUGCUUCCUUUAAGAACUAUAAAGUGAAUGUGCAACUCCCACCUCCUACUCCUGUUUCUGUAAUACUGUCCAACGUUCUCCCCUCUCAUUAACUAUGCACCCCAAUUGUUUUUUUUCCUCUUGAAUUGUAGAGAAAAAAAAGUAUAUAUAUACUGGAAAUAAAGGUUUGCAUAAAAGGA